AUGGCCUUUAAUGGGCUAUUCUUGGAUUUCCCAGCUGUGCUUGGUUUCAACUCAUGGCAGCCGCUUCUCAUCCUUCUUCCUUUGUUCCUUGUGAUCCUUCUCAACGUCAAAGUUCUUCCAUUUGCCUGGCAUGUCCGCCUGUUCUAUGGCUACUUUAGACACUUUUACUUCGAUCGCCGCCCGCUUCCAUCGAGCAGUCCCUCUGGCUUGCCGACUUUGUUCCAAGCCACCAUCUACACCAACAAGGCUCCACUGUUUGAGUUGGACUAUAAUCUGCACAAGUCCAAUUCCACCUACCUGACAGACCUGGACAUCGCUCGGGGCCAUCACUUGUACUGUCUUUUCCGAGAGGGAUUUCACAAAUUCAAUUCUCCAAAUGCUCCGCCGAUUCCCAUUCCAGAGCAAACCUCCUCAUCCUCAUCCAGUCUGAAGCCAAAUGCACGUGGUCCGUUCUAUCCCGCCCUGGGUGGUGUGACAUGCACUUUUAAGCGCGAAAUAACACCUUACACUCCGUAUGAGAUUUGGACCAGAGUGCUCUCAUGGGACACUAAAUGGGUAUACCUGAUCUCCCAUUUCGUCGAAAAGGGAGCCGGAGCUCCUGUGGUUUUCUCUGAUCAGCCCUGGCGGGGCGCUGAGCGCUCUAAGUCUGAGAAUGAGGCAGUAAAAGCCAGGGGCGCUUCUAAGCGGUCUGUCAUUUAUGCUUCCUGUAUCUCUAAAUACGCAUUCAAAAAGGGACGUAUCACUGUUCCGCCGGCGAUCUUCCUUGAGGCUUGCAACCUCCUUCCAUCGGUUAACAUUUCAGAGGGUCUUGAAGCAAAGGAUACUGGAACACGAACGGUGAUCAAGGCAAAGAAAGAGGAAGGAAUGAAGGUUGCCCAGGCUAUGGCUGGCUUGGAUGAAGGCUUGGAAUUCUACAGUCAAGAGGAAGAAGUUGUAUUUGCAAAAUACUAG